UUAGGAUGACGCACGCGCACUUCCUUCAUUCCACAAUAAUCCUUCCCCACCCUUCUCCCUUCUAAAGGCCACAUCGCCAGCACACUCCGUUCCACUCACACGAGCACGAAAGUCAUUACAUCAACACCUUCCUAAAUCUCAUACACAACCCCCAAAACCACACCCAUCAUGUCUGUUCAGGAUAGAGCCCAGGCGCACCUUUCACAGCUCGACAAGGAGCUUUCCAAGUACCCCGCCCUCAACAACUUCGAGAAGCAGACCUCCAUCCCCAAGGUCUACGCCAUCCUUGGUCUCGGCGGUCUCUACUUCUUCUUGAUCUUCUUCAACAUUGCCGGCGAGUUCCUCGUCAACAUUGCUGGCUUCAUCAUUCCCAGCUACUACUCACUGAACGCCCUGUUCAGCGCGAGCAAGGUCGAUGACACUCAGUGGUUGACCUACUGGGUCGUCUACGCCUUCCUGACGGUCUUCGAGAGCGCCGUCAGCGCAGUGUACUGGUUCCCCUUCUACUACACCUUCAAGUUCGUCCUCGUUUUGUGGAUGGCUCUUCCCCAGACUGCUGGUGCCCAGAUCAUCUUCCGCUCCUUCAUCCAGCCCGUCUUCUCGCGCUACUUCUCGGAGUCCGGAUCUACUGCUGCCGAUCUUCGCGCUAAGGUUGACUCGGCUGGCAAGUCCCACGCUUCCUAAGCGUCUCUUGUCCAUACCGUGUUCUGAUAGCCGCAUGUCCAGGCAAGGAAGAGGGGUUGGACAGCACGGCCGAACCGACAAUUUGCAUCACCCCAGAGGAGCGCAUUCCUGUGGUGCAGCAGAUUGAUCCCAUACGGCAUGCGGCUAUUGUGGCUUGGAGACAUUAUACAAACGAAAAUAUACGACCUAUGAAUACCAUUAGCGAACGUAACGGCGGUUCUGGCGAGUACAAGAAGAUAUCCCUGCGUGUCACGAUCAGGUUCCCUUCGACGACUUGAUUGGAUGUCUGUAUUGAAUCCCUUGAUUUUGGGUAGUAGUUGUAAGGCGAGCUAUUGCAUCAGGUGCGAUCCGAUGCUUUGUUCGAGCAAGUCGUAAUUCAACUCUAC